ACCACGUAUCAAACAGAUCCAGCAGCCUACUGCUAAUUCCUCUGCGGCGAAAGUUUUAACAGGAAAACGGAGAAGACAAAUCCUUCCGCAACACGCGGAGCUUUGCAUCAAUGACACAGGAGGCUUUUCUCCAAGUCUGCCGAGUUUUGGUUCACUUUCAUCUGAUGAAGAUUUAAAGUGUUCGGUGCAACCGACUUAUAGCAUCCGUCUUGCAAUUAUGCAUUUGUCUGUGAGGCAGUGGGACAUGUACUACUAAGGCAGCUUUCAGAGGAAAUAUACUUACGGGUAUGAAUAGACACAUUACAAUUUACAAGAAACAACAGGAAUUUAAGAAUAGAAAAAUGUGCAAACAUGCCACUAAAGGCUGGCAAAAAAAAGAUCCCAGUACAAUAAAAACGCCUGAAAACACUGACACACCCACAGAUGCAGUGCCAAAAUUAUUUAAAAAUUCUUUGUGUCACAUUUGUAUGAUAUUCAUCCAACAUCUCUGUUGUCUACUUUGUGGAACACAUUGUCAUGUGAGUUGUGAUGCCUUUCUAUUCAAACUCCCAUUUUUGUGUAUGCUCAUUAUUUCAUUUUUAAAAAUUGUUGUUCUACAGGUGAGUUAGAGAAUGCCUUGACAGGUGGUAGUGAAGAGGAAGAGGUUGUUAAGGAGGCUGAAGGAGAUUGUGCCAACAAUAACAACAACAAUGGUCCAGCGAACCCAGAAGGCGGCGGGGAGGAAGCUGAGGAGAGAGUUUCCAACAGCAUGUCAGGGAAGGGCACGGAGGUUUGCGACAAGUCUCCAAAUCAACCGUCGGAGGAGGGAAGCCCCGGAUGUCCGGAGGAGGACAGGCGACAAAUCUACCGCUGCGACGCGUGCGGGGUGACGCUGGCCACCCUGUCGGACUUCAUGGACCACAGAAACUACGUCUGCGGAAGCGCAGAUGUAGAAACCAUGGUGCUGAGGAACCCCUGGGGACAGGCACCUAUGGAGGUGACGGAGGACAGCCUUGAUGGUGUAGAGUACUUGGAUGAGGAACUCGAGGGCGUCCCCAACGGCCCGUAUCCGUGCCAGUUUUGUGAGAAAACCUUCUCCCGGCUCACAUACCUCAAACGGCAUGAACAGAUCCACAGUGACAAAAUGCCCUUCAGAUGUGAGUACUGCCUCCGGUUGUUCAAGCACAAGCGCAGUCGUGACCGCCAUGUCAAACUUCACACGGGCGACAAAAAGUACCGCUGCACUUACUGCGACGCUUCCUUCUCCCGCAGCGACCACCUCAAGAUCCACCUGAAGACCCACAACUCCGACAAGCCCUACCGCUGCGUCAUCUGCAACAAGGGGUACACGUCCGUGGCCACCCUCACCGCCCACGCGCAGGCACACCACAAGGUUUCCGACAAGAAGGACGAGUUCCGUUGCUUCCAGUGCACGGAGGCGUUCGACUCGGCGGGCGAACUGCAAGCCCACGUCGUCACGCACGAGCAUGUGAACAGGAAGAUGACGCAGUGUAGCUACUGCGGGGACGUGUUCAGCUCGAUGGAGGCUCUGAUCCAGCACAUGGAGGACAGGCACGCGAAGGACAAGAGAAACAAGUGUCCGCUGUGUUCGGAGUGUUUUCUCACAGCGGAGAAGCUGCAUGAACACAUGGAGGCUCACGGAGAGGAGGGCACCAUACACCGCUGCCCCUACUGCCCCAAGCAGACCUUCCCCAGCAUCGCAGUGUUAGAAAUACACCUCCGUACCAUGCAUGGUGACAAGCCAGUGUACGGCCACCUCUGUCAGUACUGUAACAAGGAGUACCCCACCCUGAUCAACCUGGCCAAUCAUAUAAAGUGCGACCACCAGAAGGAAGCGCUCGGCACCGACUUCUCCGACACGCGGUAUCCCUGCGAUUACUGCACGAUGGACUUCGGGAGCGCGUCCCUGCUGUACACCCACGUGAAGUUUGUCCACUCCCUCUCGAAGUCCUCGCUAAAAGAAGACAGCAGUGUGGUGUACUGUCCGCAGUGCACUAUGGGUUUCGCGACCAUGGCGUCGUUCAACGAGCACGCAGAGGAGGUUCACGGAGCGUCAAGCCUCUCCCCAAUACCCAGCUCCACUAACAGUGUCUUGAGUUCGCUCCUGAACGAAGGAAGCAUCAACCUUCCCCUGGAAGAAGGCCUGAGGUAUCCCUGCCCUUACUGUCCUGAGGGUAUGAACCUCUUUUCCAACUUCGACUUGUUGCGAGACCAUGUACAGGAGCAGCAUGGGACUAGAACACAGUGCUCUCCGGUGGCAAGCACCCCACCUGCACACACAGCGACCAACGUGAAGGAAGAACCGAAAAAGCCAACCUCGGGAGAGACAGGACGAAAGAAGAAAACACAUUCAGAAGAAAAGAACUCCGUAGAGAGAAACGGGUUCUUUUGUUCGCAGUGCGACGUCAGCUACCUGACGCUAGAAGCUUUCCAAACUCACCUGAAGACCCACCUAGAUAUGCUGCUACAGAAGCCACCGUCGUACCGAAAGUGUGGGGUGGAGUUUACAUCCGAAGACCAGAUGCUGCAGCACAUGUUGGAGCACUUCAUGACCAUAGCGACCGAGUACGGCUGCCAGACUUGUGAGAAGACGUUCGUCAAAGCGGACGAUCUUCAGAAGCACCUGUUCGACAUCCACGCCCACCACCUGUACCGGUGUUCCCUCUGUAAGGAAAUGUUUGAUUCCAAAGUCUCCAUCCAGGUCCACUUUGCCAUCAAGCAUAGCAACGAGUGUCGCCUGUACAAGUGCACCAAGUGCUGGGGGAUGUUUCCCUCGGAGGGCGAGCUGGUGGCCCACAUCAAGACGACCCACCUCCACAGCAAGCCCUUCCGCUGCAUCUUCUGCCAGGAGGCGUUCAGCUCCGACUUGGAGCUGCAGUGCCACGUCACCACCCACAACAAGCAGUACCAGUGCCACCUGUGCGAGGCCUCCUUCCAUGUACAGUUCUUAUUAGAGAAACACGUGCUCGAGAAACACAGCUGUCCCAUGGAGGACGGAAAGAAAGGGGCUCGGAGCGAAGAGGAGUCAGAGUCGCAGAGCAGUCCGAGCACGAGUACGAAGAAUGACAGUGAGGAAGCGACUGAAAGAGUGAGCCCCGACGAAGACAAGCUCGUGUACAAGUGUGACGUCUGCGACGGGACUUUUACGUCAGAACGGAAGCUGAAGAACCACCGGUGGUCGAUCCACAAGCUGAAGCCUCACCACAAGGGCAACAAGGAUCUCCUCUUCCGCUUCCACUGCGGUGUGUGUUCGGCUGCCUUCCAGUCCGAGUACGGCCUCAAGAAGCACCUCAAUGAAAACCACCAGAACAACUCGGCCGGCAAGGUUCUCCUGGAGGGUAUGAAGGACUCGCUACCUGCCGGAACCCCCCCGCAAGGGUCCAUGUGCUUCAUCUGCAUGCAGAUCGUGAUGACCGAGGAAGAGUUUGUGCACCACUGCAAGGAGCACAACCCCGACAUCGCGAACGAGAGCGGCGGCUUCCGGUGCGUGAUCUGUCUCCAGUUUGUGCCGAACAUGGCCGAGCUGAACCACCACGCGGCCGUGCAUCUGCUCGCAGCGGGCCUCGGCUCCCCUAACUCCAUGGCCGUGUACAUCUGCAGCACCUGCAAACGCGAGUUCACCUCACGCGCUCACCUCGUCUCCACCCUAAAGUCUGGGUCUCCGCCCAGCUACAUGUGUACGGAUUGUCUGAAGGAGGCCAUCGAGGACAAUUCUGACGAAAGUCUUGUGACCGACGUCUCCCCCAACAGCCCCCGAACUGUUGUCCACUGCUCCAAGUGUGAACUGAAAUUCGAGACACAGAGAGAACUGGACCUACACCUUGCAUCCUCACACCCUGCAGAUAAAUCCUAUCAGUGUAUCAAGUGUCAAAAGACCUUUGCAACAGAAGUAGAGAUCCAGAUUCACGUGACAACCCACAUGAUGGAAGAAGGGACCGUCCAUGAAUGUACCUUGUGCAGGGGGGUUUACGAUUCCCCUGCAAAGUUGCAAGCCCACCUCAUUGAACACACAUUCCCCGAUAAGAACUACCAAUGUCUGAUAUGCGGAGGGAGAUUCGCCACGGCACAGGACAUCCAAAGUCACGCGAUAGACCACGGGCCCGACGCAAGAAAGUACCACUGCCCCCACUGCACUUUGACAUUCUUUUUCGAAGCCGAGCUGCAGAACCAUUUGCUGAGUCACAGCGAAGUCACCCCGGGUAAUUUCCAAUGCCUCGAGUGCGGGCAGAUGUUCAACAACAAUGUGAACCUCAGCAACCACCUGAAAAUACAUGCUUCGAAGGACAAAACACUGAAGUGCUCCCUGUGCCCUGAGGUUUUUAACUCGACGGGCGAGAUGCAGCAUCACCACUUCUCCAUCCACAGCGAGUCCGACAUUGCGACGGCGAAAAAGUCCUUCAAAUGCAGCCAGUGCGACAAGGUCUUCCCCUGCAUGAGCAAUCUUCAGGGCCACAUGCGCAUCCACACGCAGGGAAAGAAGUUUCCCUGCCCGGAGUGCAGCAAAGUGUUCGCCCUGGCCCGGAACUUGACCAUACACAUGCGGUCACACUCGGGCGAGAAGCCUUACCAGUGCCCGCUCUGCGAGAAGAGGUUCGCGAGAAAGGAAAACCGGAAGGUCCACCUGAAGUCGCACAGCGGGGUGAAACCUUUCAUGUGCCCGCACUGCGGCAAGAUGUUCUCGCGCAAGUGCCACGUCAAGGACCACAUGCGCACGCACUCGCUGCCCACCAUGCACCAGUGCCCCGCCUGCAGCGAAGCCUUCACCAUGGAGAAGAACCUGAAGAGGCAUAUGAAAAAGGUCCACAAGUUGGACGUGUCAGAAGAAGAGGAGCAAGACUGAACUGUUAGCUAGAUUCGGCCUGGCAAUUCUAAUUACAGAUGACACACAUGUACAGUUACUGCUGUGUACCAGUACAUAUGUACAGUUACUGCUGUGUACCGGUUCCCUAGACUGGUUCUGGACUAAAUAUUUAGGCUCAAGUCAAAAAAAAAACAACUAUAAGUCAAGAACCGAUCCCGUAGCCUGGAGUCCAGCCUUGUUAGAUUUGCUAAGCCUACGGAGCAAAGCUAACAAGGCUGGA